AGGAAAUCGAAACCUUGCGCUUGCACAUAGUAUAUAUAGGCUGUUUGACGGACGAAUAAACCAUUUGUGACGUUUCAAUCCAACGAUUUCGGUAUAGUACUAUUUUAAAUAGGGUGACAAAACAUCGGGGAUAAUUACUUAGCGUAAAGUGACGAAGAACAAGUCCCAACUGUGAAUGAGGAUUAUCAACAUGCAUACAGACGAUAAAUUUGAUACUAGGCACAAGAGUAUACGCUACAAUGGCGAGCUUGUGCAGUCCAAAUUUUGUACUACAAAUAAUGUUACUUUAAAACCUUCUUUUCGAUGGAGUUCGUUUUCAAAGUCUUCCUUCAUCAAUUCUAAGAAGGCAGUUUCUGCAGAGCGUGUUCAAGUUGUACAGCCGUCUGAGGAGGAGAUCAUACAUCUUUUUCUUGAACAAACCGAGGUGAGGCAUUCACAUCCCUGCUCAAAAACAGGAUCUGAAAUACACCGAAUUUCACCAGACGUUUUACAGCGACCUAAGCGAUUAACCUAUCUGUCGCAGAAGUCCUACAAAGUGCCGAAUGAGGAACUUUUUGAGCGAAUACAUAAUCCUUCAGAUUCGGAUGAUGCGGUCGAUAUCGAUAACUCGCCGACGAAUCUCGUUGAGUACACUGCAGAAAAUUUAAAAAUUGAGUUACGCUCUUGUAUAAAGAAUUGCACCAGAAGAGUGAAAGGGGUUAGAGUAACUUGGGAUGAGAAGGUUAUGGUGGCACCAACUUUCGGUGCAAAUUGGUACGAUCGCAGAGUACGAAAAGUGAGCAGCAUGACAGCGACGGAACAGUACCAAAUGUACGAGAACUUGAUGAGGUUCAAAAUCACUGAGAUGAGAGUACACGAAGAUAGCGUGCAGAACACAAAUACCCACAUCUCAACUGCCAGUGGGACAAUUGACUAUGCUAAAGCGAAAGUUGUGGAUUCUAUCUUGUCGCAGCACUUAGUUCAUCUUAGGCGAUUGAAUACGGCGUAAAGGAGAUUUAUCUGCGCCAUUAAUAUCAUUUAAAACUUAUUAUAGGAAUAAAUAAACUGUCGAACAA